GUUGCUCUAAGCUACCCAGUUUGGGACACUUUGUUAAGGCAGCCUGGGAAACUAAUAUGUCCGGGGAAGAGCAGGACAUCACGUUGGCAUGUGGGUCUUGGGGCCAUGGAGAGGGUGUGAAUGGGGGCUCCGGAUGGUGGAGGGCUGCCUGGGGAGGAGGACCAAGCUUUUCAAUUAAGUGAUGAGAGCGUGGCCCAUGUAUUCCGAGAAGAAACUUUAACUGGUUUCCAGAAAGGCAUCCUGGGGAUGGGGUGGGGUGCAGGUGGGAUCCUCCCAGCAGCACCCUCUCACGGGGCGCUGAGGGAGAGCCAUAGCUGCUCAGCGGAGGGGGCAGGGGCUUUCCUCCCCAGGAGUCUAGCCUCCAGUCCCUAGGCCGGGCUGGGGGGAAAGAUCAGAGGAGACAGACCAACUUGGCAUUGGCGGUGGGGAGACAGGAGCUACCAGACCUUCUUGUUUUGGGAGUCGGGGGUGGGCAACCAGACCAGGGGAGAGUGAGUAGAGGAAGGGUGGCCAGGAGACAGAGGCCAGCUGGUGGUGCCUCAGGGGUCCUCGGGCCCAGCUUCCCCUCCUCCCACCACCUGCGGAUGGCAGCUGCCUUUCUGGCAGAUAUGGGUGGGCAAGCUGGGUAGCUUCAGACCUCACCUCGGCUGCCCUAUGGCCCUGUCCUCUCCCUAGGGGACCCAGCCAGCCCAAGCUCCCCACUGUGGGGACGCUGCUUUGGCCAACUGCUGCACCCCACCUGAGAGUCUUUGGGGCCCAGCGAGUCCUGCUGGGCCAACAAUGUCCGAACCCAGGUCACCCUGCCUCCUACCCCCCACAGCAGCCCCAGCCUCAUGCUGCAAAAACAAUUAUCUGGAUCAUCUUUAUGGGGCUUAAGCUUGGGUGGGAGCAGAUGGGGCGUGAACUGGGGAUUUGGGGCUGGGUAUCCACUCCCCGCCAUGUCCCAGUCUCUUAAAAAGCCUUCUCUGGCACGGGGCCAGGGCAGAGGCCAGCGGAGAGGUGGACAGGACCCAGGGGAGGGGAGCAGGGACAAUGAUGGACCAGGAAGAGAAGGAGGAUGGGGGCUCGGCCUCCUGCGACAAGGUGAGCAGGCCCCGCCCCCCCCCACCGCCAACUCAAGGACCCAUGAAUGACAAGGCUAAUUAGUUUGUAGGGCACCUAAUUAGCACGUGAGUCUCCUGGGACCCCCGACCCAGUUGCCGCCCAAGAAGGUGCUGGUGGGCGGGAGGGUCCGAGUGCCUAACCCAACCCCAGGGCAGAGGUCAGGGCUCUCAGUGCUGACCUCCUGUGAGGUGAGGGAUGCUGGGAUUUAGGAGCUGUCAGGGGGACGUUCCCCUGGCUCGUGUCCCAGCCCCCGGGCCACCCCACAGUCAGGCCCCAAUCUAGGACGGUGGCCCUCUCCCUCGGGGCAGCACCACGUGACGUGGCACUGCUGGUGGGGCCCCUGGGGCGGGGGCCGGGAUUGAGAAGGACACUCAUGUCUCAUUUGGAGCAGCUCUGCAGAGCAGCACACCGGCGGGCACCAUGGCAGGCUCCCCAGACCAGGAGGGCUUCUUCAACCUGCUGAGCCACGUGCAGGGCGGCCGGAUGGAGGAGCAGCGCUGCUCACUGCAGGCGGGGCCGGGCCCAGCCUCCGAGAGCCGUGAGAGUGGGCAGGGAGAGAGUGGCCCUGCACCCGAGAUGGACAGUCUCAUGGACAUGCUGGCCAGUACCCAGGGCCGCCGCAUGGAUGACCAGCGUGUGACAGUCAGCGCCUUGCCUGGCUUCCAGCCUGUGGGCCCCAAGGAUGGAGUGCAGAAACGAGCCGGGACCCUCAGCCCCCAACCCCUCCUCACCCCUCAGGACCCGACUGCACUCAGCUUCCGUCGAAACAGCAGCCCUCAGCCCCAGACACAAGCCCCAUGAGGGCCUGAGGCGUCCUGGGCCCCACUUGGCCCCCAAAAGCAGACAAU